AUGGCUGAUAAAGGAAACAUCACUGUUGCGAUUAAUAGGAAUGAGUACAUAAACAAAAUUAAUCCAAUGUUAUCAGAUAAAGAUACUUAUUUAACAAUUGAUCACAAUCCUAUUCAAAAAAUUGAAAAACAGUUAAAAGAUAUAUUGAAUCGAUGGCACAACAAAGGUUUCAUCGACAAACACAUUAAAUUUCAAUUAAACUCAAGUGAUGGUCUACUACCAAGAGCAUAUGGCAUUCCAAAAAUACACAAAGAAAGUUGCCUUUAUAGAAUAAUUGUUUCCACCAUUAAUGGUCCCUUGCAUAAUUUUGCUGUUUAUUUACACAAACUUAUUUUUAAAGGUAUUCCUAAUUCUCCGUUUUUUGUUAGAAAUAGUUUUCAAUUGAACAAUGUUGUCGACGGAAUGAAUUGGAAUAGUGAUUAUCUUCUUUGUUCACUUGAUGCGGUUUCCUUAUUUACUAAUGUUCCAGUUGAACUCGUUAUUGAGAGCAUUUCUGCUAGAUGGAAAUUCAUUUGCUUACAUACAAAAAUUAGUAAAGAAGAGUUUGUAUUGGCUAUACAGAUUACAUUAACGUCGACGUAUUUUACUUUCAAUGACAAAGUAUAUAAACAGACCUUUGGUACUCUAAUGGGCUCUCCCAUUUCACCAAUUAUAGCUGACAUAGGUUUACAGGACCUCGAACUAAAAGCCUUAAACACACUUAAGUUCAAUAUUCCUAUAUAUUUUAGAUACGUCGAUGAUAUUGUUAUGUCACUACCUAAAGAUCAAAUUGAUUUGGUAGUGAGCACAUUCAACUCGUUCCAUCAAAGAUUGCAAUUUACUUGUGAAUUGCAAAAGGACAAUGCCCUCAGUUUCCUUGAUAUUAAAAUCAUAAUUGAUGAGAAUAAGUUGAUUU